GGCCGUGCAGACCGGGGCGACCGUCACCGACGCCGUCUGGUCAAACUAUGGAGCAAGAGAGACACACUGAACUAUGUAAGUUCUUUGCAAGAUGAUGCUGGCAGCCAUGAGCAACCAGUCGCUGGUGACGGAGUUCAUCCUGCGGGGCUUCUCCGUGCCGCCCCCGCUGCAGACCCUCCUCUUCGUUCUCUUCCUCUCCCUCUACACCGUGGCUCUCUGCGGCAACUCCCUCAUCGUGGCGGCCAUCGCUGCCAGCGCGGGGCUCCACACCCCCAUGUACUUCUUCCUGGUCAACUUGGCUGUCUUUGACGUCAUCUGUGCGUGCACGGUGGUGCCCAAGCUGCUGGCGAUCCUGGUGGCAGAGAAGAGAAGCAUCUCCUACUGGGGCUGCAUGGUCCAGAUGUACUUCCUGUCCUGGUCAGUGGCGGGGGAGGUCCUGCUCUUCACGGCCAUGGCCUACGACCGCUACGUGGCCAUCUGCCAGCCGCUGCACUACAGCUCCAUGAUGAGCCCCAGGGUGUGCGCGGGGCUGGCCGGGGCCGUGUGGGGCAUCAGUGUGUUCGGUGCCGGGGUCAACGCCUGCCUGGUGCUGCGCUUGACCUUCUGUGGGCCCAACGUGGUGGACCACUUCUUCUGCGAGAUCCCCCCUGUGCUGCUGCUUUCCUGCUCCCCCACGUACCUGAACGACAUCAUGUCACUCAUGGCUGACAUCUUCUUCGCGGUGUUGAAUUUCGCGUUCACCGUGGUGUCCUAUGGUGUCAUCAUCUCCUCCAUCCUGAAGAUCCGCACGGCCGAGGGCAAGCGGCGCGCCUUCUCCACCUGCUCCUCCCACCUCCUCGCGGUCACCUUGUACUACUCCACCAUCAUCUACACCUACCUGAGCCCCGGCUCCAGCUACUCCCCCGAGACUGGCAAGGUGGUGGCUGUGCUUUACUCUACCGUGAGCCCCAGCUUGAACCUGCUCAUCUACACGCUAAGGAACAAGGACUUCAAGGCCGCCCUCAAGAAAGUCUUGAUGCUUACAGCUGAAAAACUGAGUUAGAGUCUGUAGAGUUUGUGUUCUUUGUUGCCGUCUGGCCUUAUGAAAUGCUUCCUGCCACUUAUAAAUGUUCUCUCUCUACGGGGCUGCACCGACACCCUCAACACAGCUCUGCAAAGUAAUGCCCUCUAUGGUGAUGGUGAAUUGGUGAUGGAAAUUCUAUGGGGACUACACCUGAGAAAAGAAAGCAAACAUUUAACAAAAAUGAGCAAUGAUGUAAAAUAUAAAUAAGUAAAUAUAUUAUUUAAAAAUAAAUAAAAUAGCUACAAACUGGAAAAAAACAUUAAAAUUUCUACAAAAGGGCAUUAAAAAAAAAAGAUAACACUCUCCACCGACUGCCCCCAG